GAUACCAGUCGUUGAUUGCAGUCGAUAAGGAACGGAACUGUUUGAUUCUCGUCUUUAUUUUUUUUUUUUGGUUUUUUGAAAAGUGGAAAUCAAUAUGCGUACGGUGGUAUUUUUCAGUGUGGCUUGUUCUGUGUUUCUGAGUAAAAUAGAUGGCCUAGAUGUGCAAGGACCAUGCCGUAAUCUAGCAGUGGAAAAUCAAUUUAAAGUGGAUCAGUACAUGGGAACCUGGUACGAGGUAAAACGCUAUGAAAAUGAAAACCAACCGAGCGGAGAUUGUGUGACCGCACAGUACACCCUCAAUUCAACCUCCAUGGAAGUAGCCGUUGAAAACACCAUGAAGCUUCUACCGAACCAAUCGCCAUUGGUAGCAUAUGGUCAAGCAGUUCUCGCCAGCGCCACCAGUACCGAAGCCAAACUGUUGGUACGGUUCAACAGCACCCCGGAGAGCACACCUAGUUCCAACUACUGGGUGCUAAAGACUGACUAUCAGCAGUAUGCCAUCGUGUGGUCCUGCCAUGCCAAUGGGGAAAAUUCAACCGAAUCUGCCUGGGUUCUAUCGCGGAAUCCUGUGAUGAAUGCGGAGUCCAAAACCAUCGUGGAGAGCCUCAUCAACCAAUACCUGAAGCAGGAGUCUUUCCGUGACACCAAACAGGGUGACGAGUUUUGCAGUAGUGCAACGAUGGUCAAAAUUUCAAAUAUAUUGUUGCUUGUUUAUGUGCUAUUAUCCCUUGCAAAGUUUUAGUUUGUUGUAUAAUUAGGAGUGUGAUUAAAACCAUAUUUCAUAAAAAA